AUGCGCUUCGCUUACGUCGUUCUCGUGUCUGCUGUCGCCCUGCUCGCCGGCAGCAAUGGCCUGGCCACGGCUGAACUCAACCACAAGCAGAUUUCUCAAGUGGCUACCCCCGAAGCUGUGGACUCGGUCACUGCUGAGCAGGAUGGCAAGCGGCACUGGAGAGCCGAAAAGACGGAGGAGAAGGACAGCAAGACUGACGAAGUAGAGGAGGAGAAGGGGCUGUUCGGCAACCUGGUCGACAACGCCAUCGCAAGGAGGCAGUACCGCAGGUGGUACCGCGCCAGACUGGACCCCCGGGAGGUCAAGGACAUGCUGAAGAAGCGCGACAAGGCAGGCGCGUAUGUGGACUGGGGUGUCGCGAACGGAUACGAGAGGUACUACCGCCGUAGAAGAAAUAGCCUUUGGUACUGGUAA